CUGGCCUCUACUGCUUCUAACGUUUGCGGUAACUUCCGAGUCAACUGCACACAAUGCUGUCGUAAAGCGAAUAUCUUCCUGAUAACCAAAAGCGUAGUGCACACAGAACAGUUAAACAUUCUGGACUCGUCCUUUACUGCAUGUGGUAUCACGGAGUGGGACAUUUUAUAACUUCCUCCAUGGCAGUGUGUGUUUUAUUCCUCCAUGGUUUAUAAACUAGUAUCAAUCCUGUUCACGACACCCGUGUAGUGCGUGUGCUGUAUCCUCGUUUCGGCAGCACACAGUCUGAUCUGGCCGAGUGCACCCAUGCGUGAACCGUCAAAGGGUCCCUCUUCGGCGGACAAAAGAGUUGUGAUUUGCUAUGCACCGCGGAAUCACUUUGCAUACUUGUAAGGUUAGCGACUGCUUGCUGACAAUAGGAAAUUACCUUCCAGAAAUAACUCGACAGCAUUUUUAUUCCAACAUGGCAAUGGCUGGAGCACGGUCCGUCCUGUUACUAAAGUGCGACUGGGGUAUACCCUCGUAAGUUGCCCAGGAGAGAGAUAAACUGCGUUGUCCAAUGUGGAAUUGGAAGAACUUCGAAUUCAACCUCAUCCAUUCCAAAAGAAAGUGGUCGUGGCACCUUUGACGAUCUUCCACCAUGAGCGACGCUGACACAUUUGCAAGCGGCAGAAGUUGGAGGAGGAUGGUCGCAUCGUUUGCACUGGCAUUCCUGUUGCUAACAUUCACUCUUGGAAUAUUGGGAGGAACAUACCCACAUGAGGAGAGUCAUGUUGAAAUUUGGUCAAAGCCAGACGCCGGGUACCAGUCAGAGGUAGAUAAGCCAUUCCAAUCUACUCACAAAGUUUAUCCUGACCAAACCGGUUCCAUUUCGGGGGACAAGUCAUUUUUUCCAAAUAAUGUCACGUGCGACAGAUGUUGCUAUCGCUACACAACCGUCGAAAACGGUAUUAUGAAAAUCCUGAGUCAACCUGAACUCAAAGAAAGAGGCUGCAAGAAGAGACUUCCAGACGCCAUGAUCUUCGGCGUGAAAAAGGGCGGGACCACCACCUUGAAGAACUUCCUCAGCUACCAUCCCGACAUCGCCUUCACUCAGGAAGAGUUAAAGUUCUUCACCUCGUCUGAGGACAGGGAGAAGGGAUUGGAAUUCUACCGACGCGAGAUGAUCUACUCCACCCCGGAUCAGAUCUCCAUGGAGAAAACGCCGGCUUAUUCUCAUUACCCGAAGGUCCCCGCAAUGAUUGCAAAAGUCCUGCCCGAUGUCAAACUCAUCAUCAUCAUGCGGGACCCCGUGGAGCGAGCGGUAUCCGACUACGUGCACAUGCAAGUCACGAUUGCCAAAAAAUGCAAAAAGGGGAAAGCUUCGUCAAAGUGCUCGAUCGAGAAUUCGGGUUACUUCAUAGCCGAUACUUUCGAAGAGUCCGUCAUCGAUUCAGACGGCGAGGUCAACUAUUCGAAUCAGCUUGUAGCAAAAGGACUUUACGUCAUUGACAUAAAACGAUACCUAAAGUACUUCAAAUCCGAACAGAUCCUUGCAAUAGACGGGGAGGCGUUCAUCAAUAAUCCCUACCCGGCCGUCAAGAAAGUGGAGGAGUUUCUAGGUAUCAGGGAUUACUUUGCGCGUGACCACUUCUACUUCGACGUGCAGAAGGGGUUCUUCUGUCUGAACAAGCCCAUCCCCAACAACUGCAUGAAGAAGGCAAAAGGGCGCCCUCAUCCGGAUGUAAACGACCAGACGCUGAGGAAGCUGCGCGACUACUACCGGCCGUACAACAAGGCACUGAACCAGCUCAUGGAAACUGAUUUCCACUGGUCUUGAUAAAUGUUACACGUGGACCAUUCUUGACGCCCUGAUGUCUUCGCUGUCCUCUCCGAGCGGGAAAACCAGAGGGCAUGUCAGUAAUGGCGUUCCUUUGAUGUAAUCACUAGCUGAGUUCGGGUGGCUUGUUCUCGUAUGUUCCGAAGAGCUCGAUUUGUUGUUCAUGGGACGGCCGCUCGAACGCUGGGAAAGUACAACCGGUUAUCGCUACUAGUUUGUAGCAAGCAACAUUCAACAUGGCGGCAUCCUUGUGCAUUCUUCAAGAGUUAAUGUUUGCAACUUCUUUUCCAUUAAAAAAAAUGCUGUCAU